GAUCUCUGCCUUUCGCGAUGAGUGCAAAUUGCAAAACAUUACCUGUGAUAUUUGUACACAACUUUGUAAUGUGAAAUUUAUGCGGAGAAAUAUCUGUAAACGCUUAAGCUAAGUGAACAGUCAAUAAAGUAUCUUGACGAUGUUAAUAAAAGGGAGUUUAAAAUGAUACUGAAAGGAUGGAAAUACUACGCUUUUGUAGGCACAGUAUUUGGUUUCAUUGGUGGUGCCUUGUAUCCUAUUGUCAUAUAUCCCAUGCAACACAUACAGGAAUAUAAGGAAAUGCAAAAAACAACUCGCAAGGGCAUAAAACAAGAAGAGAUUCAACCUGGAAAUAUGAAGGUUUGGUCAGAUCCCUUUGGCAGAAAGAAGGACUGAAAUAAACUUUCCAUUUUUAUGUGUGCAGUUUAUUUGUGUGUGCCGUAGGAGUACCGGUGCUUGUAACACUACAUUUUUAUUUCGAGAAUGAUGACGAAAAUUUCUAAUAUCCGCCGUCUUGUCAGAAAUUUGUAGUUAACAGCAAUCAUCUUUUGAUAAUUUAUUGACUUAGCUAAUUAAUAUGAUAUGAAAAAUUCUGUAUAUUUAUAAUUUGGUACCGUUAGAGGACAUCUUGGAAAUAAUAAAAAACAUGCAUGUUUACACA